AUGGCUGCCGUGGAACCUUCUUCCUCCACCGCUGCGCCGACGGCUGGCCCCUCGUCCUCAACAUCUCGACUCGAACCACUUCUCCUAGUCGCCCGAUCAACGAAACCCCGAGGUGCAGCAGCAGCCAACCUCAUUUAUCAAGCCAUCUCUGCUCCCGGCGUCUACUUCUUUGGCGAGCUCUUUGACGUCCCUGGAGUAGCUGAGCUUUCCAGAUCCACCGAGUCACAGCUGAGCACAGCAUAUCAACUGCUCACACUCUUCGCCUACGGCACAUGUAGCGACUAUGCUGCUUUGUCGCAUUCUGGCUCUCUACCAGAUCUGUCUCGGGAUCAGAUCCAGAAGCUUCGACAGCUAACUUUGCUGUCUUUGGCACGUCAGAACAAGCUACUACCGUACGCCACUCUACACGAGUCGCUCGGAAUCUACUCCAGAAGCACAAGGGAGCUGGAGGAUUUGAUCAUCGAAUCAAUCUACGCAGGUCUCAUCUCUGGCAAACUCAAUGAACUUCGAGCUCGAUUCGAGGUGCAUCAUGUUCAAGGACGAGAUGUACCUCAUCCCUCCCUUCUCGCACAGCCCGCUGUAUCCGCGCUAACAUCCUUGACGUCUAACACGAGUGCAUCGCAACUGGACCAGAUGCUGUCGUCCUUACAAGCAUGGCAAUCGACCACAGUAUCCGCCUUGGAGGGCUUGCAGGCUCGGAUGGAAGACGUGAAAUCCAGCGCAGCAUCAACAGACAAUCAGAGGCAGGAACAUCACUCAGCACUGCUGCAGAACUUGGUUGAGGUCCAGCAGGAGAUGGAAGCGCAACAGCAAAAGCAAGCUUCGAGAAAGGGUAAAGGAGCCGCAGGGAAUGCAAUGGAGAUCGAUGAUGAAACGAUGUCCAGAGGUGGAGCCAGGAAAAAGGCUGCUGUUGGUGGAGUGAGGGGAAAUAAGCGAUCCCGUCCUUGA